AUGCUGUGGCAAUUGCUGGUAGUUUUGUUGUUACUGUGGUAUUUCUCAAAGAUAUGGAAAAUAAAAACUAUAAUAACUGCAACGCGAAAACUAAGGAACAAGUACAUAGCUAUUCCUUUUUUGGGACAUUCGUACUUGUUUGUGGGUGAUAAUGAACGUCAUAUGAACGUUUUCAAAAUGUUUUCUAAGGAAGCAAUGAAGAACAACUACAACAUGACAUCUUUUUGGCUUGGCAUGGAUCAUUAUACAGUUGUCGUAGAACCAAAUUUAUUUGAGUUGUUCUCCAAGGAAUGCUUAGAGAAAACGAGAUUCGCGAAAUUUGCAAGAUCGCUCAUAGGCAAUGGAUCAAUAUUUGCACCUGUUGAUAUUUGGAGACCUAAACGAAAACAUUUGGCACCGACGUUUUCAACGAAAAAUUUAAAUAAUUUCUGCAAUAUAUUUUCGCAACAGAGCCUGAUACUUGUUGAAAGAUUACAAAGUACAUUAACAUCUGACAAAUUUUCUAUGUGGCCGUUUAUAACAACAUAUACUAUGGAUUCCGUUUGUGAGACUGUAUUAGGAAUACAAAUUCAUGCCCAAACGGAUAAGGAACAACCAUUCCUUAAAGCUCUUAACGAGUAUUUAACUGUUGGAUCGUCACGGAUAUUUAAACCUUGGCUUUAUAUUAAAGCUAUUUACAAAUUGCACCCGGAUUCCCAGAUUUUGAGAAGGACCAAAAAAACUAUUUGGGAAUUUGUUUCAAAUAUCAUUGAAAAAAAGCGUGAAGAUAUCAAACGCACAAAAAGUAAGGAGGCUUCAUCUGGAGUGGAAUCUACGGAAAGUUUUCUGGAUUUACUACUAGAAUCGGCAGAUGGAGUUAAAUUUACAAAUCAUUACCUAAUUGAAGAAAUGCUCGUGUUACUUCUCGCGGGAACUGACACGUCAGCGGUUGGUGCAGGCUUCACAUGUGUCAUGCUGUCAAAGUACCCUGACGUUCAAAUGAAAGUCUAUGAAGAACUAACAGAGGUUCUUGGUGACGACUUGAGAAGGCCUAUACUUCAUACUGACUUACCGAAAUUGAAGUACUUGCAUGCAGUUGUAAAAGAAACUUUAAGGUUAUAUCCUCCAGUUCCAAUCAUUGGACGAGCGGUAGAAAAAGAUGUGCUCUUACCUUCAUCUAUAACAAUACCCCAAAAUACCGAAGUAAUACUAAGUAUCUGGGGGAUGCACCACAAUCCAAAAUUGUGGGGUGACGAUGUGGAGUCAUUUAUUCCUGAGAGAUUUUUAAAUGGAUCAGUACCAAGUGGUGCAUUUGCUCCAUUCAGCGUUGGACCAAGAAAUUGUCUAGGAUACAAAUACGCCAUGAUGUCUAUGGUCACAGCGAUAGCAACAAUAAUAGCGCGUUUCAAAAUUCUACCCGCAGAGGAAACUGAUAAUUUGAAAAGGCCACUGAGAGUCAAAUUUAGCACAAUGAUGAAACCUGUAGACGAUUUUGAAGUGAGGCUAGAACCAAGACAUCUGUAAUCUUGAUUAUUGACCGAGAUAAUGAUUUGGACAGAUAUAAAUUAACGACGACGAAAAAUAUAGAUAUUCAAAUGUAAUAUAAUAUUAUAUUCAAACGUUUGCAACAUAGAAUUACUACUGGAAUUGUUAACUCGAUCUUAUCUCUCUCUUAUCGAGUACUCGAAUCGACAGCUCGAUCACUUUGCCUUGUAAAGAAACGUCGCUUGAUUGUGUGGCUUGUACCCUGUUUGUACUGCAUUUAUCACCAAGAGUGUUCUGAAGAGUUUAACUUAACCCUGUUCCUAAAAUUGAUCCAUAUACAAAACACGCUUCAUUAAUAUCAAAUUCAAAAACACUUUAUUCAUGUAGGUCACGGAAAUGACACUUAUGAAUGUGAAAAAAUAAAUAAAAAUAUUGUUUCUUAUUGAAUUUACCGCUACUUCGUAAAGGGUUCAGCUAAUGCUAAACUCAUUGCCACUCUUUUAAGUCGAGAUGUACAUUUUAAUUGUUUUACAAAUCAUUUCAAUUACAAUAUAUGCAAAGUGACGCAACAAAAAUACUCAAAUGUCAAAAACUGAAAGGCUUACACGAGUAAGUCGAAAAAAGAAAAAAAAAAGUAAAUUAAUACUUAUAAACACAAGAGUUAUUGAGUAUAGUAGAUGCAUCAAUCCACACAUAUCGUAAAUAAAUAGAGGCAUUAUGUGAGCAUUUCAUAAAAUAUAUAAUAACUUUAACUUUAAAGGAAGUAAUAAUAAUAAAAAACACAUCAAGCAGACCUCCCGGUAACAAGAUCAUCCACCACGUCAACAUCAGCCAUCAUCUUCAGCAUCUCGUUAUGUGGCGGUUUCAAAGGAAUUUCUGAAUUGUAUAUGAACUGCCUUGACUGAUAUUUAAUGACACGCGGGUACUUUCAAAAGAAACAUCUUCAUCCAUCUAAAAGAACUACAACGCUCGAGUAAUUAAUUUUAGAGAAUUAAUUUCUCGAAUUCCAAAUACUUGGAGUAUGGGCAGCGUAUGGUCACUUACUAAUUGGAUGAACUGUACUACGAAUGCCUCCUAAUUCCACAAUUUUUCCGCAUCUGUUUCAACAUUCUUCUUCGACUACAAACACCUAGAUGACAGCAAAACCCUGCCAGUCCUAACCUUUGAACCAUUAUAUUUUGCAGGGUAAAAUGAGACUCUUAUAAGCCACGUAUAUUCUACCAGGAUGAUUUCCUAUUACCUACCGUUAUUAGACAUUAGUAGUUUUUUUUUAGUUUUUAAAGUGAAAACUUCUUUGGCGGCGUUGAGUACUUUCCUCGGGGUGAGUAUAAAAUGUUAAAUUCGCGUCAGGACACGUGAUCUGAUCAAAAAUUCGUAAGCCGUUGAAAUUACGGAUGAAAGUUGAUUUUUAUGAAAGAUAAACUUUUUAAUUUAAAAUAAUUGUAUUAGUUUCGAAGUGUUAAAUUUUUUAUGUAAUAUAAAUUGUCAUUUUUGUAUACGAUAGCGCGAUAAAUGAAUAUAUACAUAAAUAAAGUAAUUCCUACGAAAUUAUUUCCUCACCAUUCCAAGAUAUUCAAAAAUGCACUAGGUUAAUGUUAAAGUUUUCACUUCUGCCGGCACUCCCGGAGUGCAACCCGUCUUUUUUUGCACACUAGUAACAAUGAAGCAUGAAUAAUCUUAAGAGUUUUGUAUUUCUCAUUAGCUUGUGUUCACUAUAAAAUUUUGUAAAAAGAUUUAGUUUAGUAACGAAUUAAACUGUUUCGUUUAUUAAAAAUAAAAAUGAUUAAGUUAAAAUGAAAUAUUAUUUUAAUUUAAUAAUACGCACUAAAAUUAAUUAUUAUUAACUUAUUACUUAUGUACUUGAAUAAAUCGUUUUUAACAUA